AAUCGAAGAAGCCUGAAUACGCUAAGCACAGACGCUAAACCAGAAAACUGCUGCAUUGUUUAUUCAGCUAAUAUUUCAGCAACCAUGUCUUCAGUUCAGCAUCUCAGAGAGUUUAUCAGAGAGCGACUARCUGCUGCUGCUCAAGAAAUCUUCACAGAGGUUGAAAAAACCAUCAUUUGCUACGAGGAAGAGCUCGAUGCUCAGCGCAGAAUGAUGGGGAUCVACUGGAAACCAGAAAUUAAGMUACACAGAGUCGGUUCGGAGCUGCAGAGACAAAGUUCUGGCCUACAACAGUCAAGUGUCUCCAAUGAGGAGGAAGCUUCUGCCAUCCAACAAGUCUGGAGCCUGGCAAGUAGGUUCAGUCAGGACCGGAAAGAAUCAGAACAUCAAUGGACUGAAGAGGAACAGAUGGAGCCAGAACCUAAAUUGAUUAAAAAAGAAGAAGAUGAACCAGAACCUACACUGCUCAAACAUGAGGAAAUAGAAUAUCCACUAAUGUAUGUAAAAAAAGAGGAGUUACAUUCUUCAGUGCUUCAGCAGGAACAGCAGCCACCAGAACAUUUCCCAUCUGGACAGGACCAGAAGGACCUCUGUAGCCGUCAGGAGGGAGAGCAGCUUGUCCAGAAGCAGUUUGUUGCUUUGAUUGAGACUUCUACUCUUCAGGAAGAUGAUAUGAGUGAAGAAGAGACAAGAACAGAGCAGCUUUCCCUUCCUAUCUCUGCAGUGAAUAAGAGCAAAGAUCAGGAAGGAAGCAGCUGCUCUGUGUCAGAGAGUCGGUCUGAUACUGGCACAAAGAAAAGACCUUUCAAAUGUGACAUUUGUGGGAUAUUUUACACAACACAGUGGAAAUUGAAAAACCAUUACAAAACCCACACUGACCUCCAACAGCCAAGUGUCUCCAAUGAGGAGGAAGCUUCUGCUAUCCAACAAGUCUGGAGCCUGACAAGUAGGUCCAGUCAAGACCAGAAAGAAACAGAACACCAGUGGACUGAAGAGGAACAGAUGGAACCAGAACCAAAAUGGAUUAAAAAAGAAGAGGAGGAACCAGAACCUGCACUACUCAAACAUGAGGAACAUUUAAUAUCCAUAAAAAAAGAGCUAGAUUCUUCAGUGCUUCAACAUGAACAGCAGCCACCAGAACAUUUACCAACUGUACAGGACCAGAAGGACCUCUGUAGCAGUCAGGAGGGAGAGCAGCUUGUCCAGAGGCAGUUUGUUGCUUUGAUUGAGACUUCUACUCUUCAGGAAGAUGAUAUGAAUGAAGAAAAGAAAAGAACAGAGCAGCUUUCCCUUCAUAUCUCUCCAGUGGUUGAGAGCAAAGAUCAGGAAGGAAGCAGCUGCUCUGUGUCAGAGAGUCGGUCUGAUACUGGCACAGAGAAAAGAUCUUUCAAAUGUGAUAUUUAUGUGUGA